GGUGAGAUUAAGCCGUAGAAUGAGGCCAGAACGAUCGCUGCUUGCAGCUUCAACGCACGUGUGCUCCUAUCAGUGUUAUUGUUCUUCUUUUUGGGCCUAGCGACAUGGUCAUCCUUCGCUUCUAUGAUGUUCAGGCACACUCACCAGCCGAGGAGCAGAGUGUCCUGCGGCGACUGCAAGAGGAAGUCGCAGGAGUGGUGUCCGUGCGUACGGAGCGUUGCUACCAUCUCGAGUACAGCGCCCAGGCAGAGCACCCUCUGGCUCUUGAUGAACUGUUGCUCUGGUUGGUGAAGCAACCCCUAAUUAGUGACCAGAGCAUGGUCAAACAGUCUGCUCUCCAGGCGAAGGACCGGAUGCAGCUGCUUCUGGAGAUCGGGCCGCGCUUUAACUUCUGCACGCCCUACUCCACAAACUGCGUAAACAUAUUCCACAACCUUGGAUAUACCGAGGUGCGACGGAUGGAAACUUCCACUCGUUACCUGCUGACCUUUGGCGAGGGCUCAGAUGUUCCGGAGGCAACAAUAUUCGUUUCACUGCUGGGGGACCGCAUGACCCAUUGCCUGUACACUGAGGAUAACACCCCCAAAAUGACCUUCGAUGAGCAGCUCCCAGAACAACAGGCCGAGUGGCAUUUUGUGCCCGUAUUGGAGGAGGGACGGACGGCGCUGGAACGGAUAAAUCAUGAACUAGGCCUAGCCUUCAACGACUUCGAUCUAAAUUACUACCACAAUUUGUUCUCCAAGGAAUUGGGACGCAAUCCCACUACAGUGGAGCUAUUCGACUGCGCUCAGAGCAACAGCGAGCACUCGCGCCACUGGUUUUUCAGCGGACGCAUGGUAAUUGAUGGUGUGGAACAACCAAAGUCUUUGAUCCGCAUGAUAAUGGACACGCAGGCUCACACGAACCCCAACAACACCAUUAAAUUCAGCGACAACAGCAGCGCCAUAGUGGGAUUUGGGCACAAAGCUAUAGUACCGUUAUCUGUAGUGGCUCCUGGGCCAGUGCAUCUGCAGAAUGUGCAGUCUGACUUGAUUUUUACAGCAGAAACCCACAAUAUGCCCACGGCAGUGUCCCCAUUCAGCGGGGCCACUACCGGCACGGGCGGACGACUACGUGAUGUUCAGGGCGUGGGGAGAGGAGGCAUUCCGAUUGCUGGCACCGCUGGGUACUGUGUAGGAGCUCUUCACAUUCCAGGCUACGAACAGCCGUACGAGCCCUCGGACUACAAAUAUCCUGCGACGUUUGCGCCGCCACUUCAUGUUCUCAUACAGGCAAGCAAUGGCGCUUCGGACUACGGAAACAAAUUCGGAGAGCCAGUGAUUUCUGGUUUUGCCAUUUCCUAUGGGUUAAUUAGUGCAGAUGAUACACGGAAUGAGUACGUAAAACCGAUUAUGUUCAGCGGUGGCCUAGGCACCAUGCCGGCAUCAAUGCGCGAGAAGCUGCCACCAACUCGUGGUCAGUUGCUAGCCAAGAUUGGAGGCCCCGUGUACAGGAUAGGAGUGGGGGGCGGCGCCGCAAGCUCCCUAGAAAUACAAGGAUCUGGAAAUGCAGAACUGGACUUUAACGCCGUCCAGCGGGGAGACGCCGAAAUGGAGAACAAGUUAAAUCGGGUAGUGCGCGCCUGUCUAGAACUGGGCGACCAAAAUCCUAUACUGGCUAUUCAUGACCAGGGGGCUGGCGGCAAUGGUAACGUCCUCAAAGAACUGGUUGAACCAGGGUUUGCCGGAGCCAUUAUAUUUUCCAAGGAAUUCCAGCUAGGCGAUCCCACAAUUACCGCCCUUGAGCUGUGGGGUGCUGAAUACCAGGAGAACAACGCCAUUCUCUGCAAGGCAGAUCAUCGUGAUCUUCUGGAGAAGAUUUGCCGGCGCGAGCGCUGCCCUAUAAGCUUCGUGGGAGUGGUGACUGGGGAUGGGCGUGUGACACUGCUAGAGAGGUCUGCCCCCAAGGAUUUUGAACAGGCUCUAAACGAAUUUAAUCGAAGCACAGCAUGCCCUUUCGAUUUGGAGCUCAAGUAUGUUUUGGGCGAUAUGCCAAAGAGAACAUACGACUUGAAACGCGAACAGAGGCAGCUAAGAGAACUCUGUCUACCAAAAGACUUGCGGCUGGACGAGGCUUUGGAGAGAGUUCUUAGCUUAGUGGCUGUGGGUAGUAAGCGCUUUCUUACUAACAAGGUGGAUCGCUGUGUCGGAGGAUUGAUCGUGCAACAACAGUGUGUGGGCCCGCUUCAGGCUCCACUUGCGGACUACGCGUUAGCAACUGUCUCCCAUUUUAGCAAUGCCGGCAUCGCCACCUCAAUUGGUACCCAGCCGCUCAAGGGACUGCUUGAUCCUGCCGCAAUGGCUAGGAUGUGUGUCGCUGAAGCUCUGAGUAACCUCGUAUUUGUAAAGAUAAGCCAACUGGCAGACGUCAAGUGUUCAGGUAAUUGGAUGUGGGCUGCAAAGCUGCCCGGAGAGGGCGCCAGGAUGUUUGACGCCUGCAAGGAGCUCUGCCUAAUUCUUGAGGAGCUGGAAAUCGCUAUCGACGGGGGAAAAGACUCUCUGUCCAUGGCUGCCAAGGUUGGGAACGACACAAUAAAGUCCCCGGGUACUCUUGUCAUCUCCACAUACGCUCCAUGUCCGGAUGUGCGGCUUAGGGUUACACCUGAUCUUAAGGGACCCAGCUCGGACUUUAAGUCUGCGCUGCUCUGGAUAAAUCUGGAAAGCAGCCUUCGCUUGGGUGGUUCAGCUCUGGCUCAGGCAUACGCUCAGCAGGGCAAUGAGACGCCUAACUUAACGAGAAGUGAUCUGCUUGGCAAGGCAUUUAAAAUCACACAAUCGUUGUUGGUAGAUGGCCUUCUUAAGGCAGGACAUGAUGUCAGCGACGGAGGAUUGAUCGUUUGCCUAUUGGAGAUGGCUAUAGGUGGGCUGAGUGGCCUAAGAGUAGAACUGUCGGAGCCCUUGAAGUCUCUAAAGAGCUAUGAUGCGGCGGUCGAGAAACUGGAUCGUCCGGAACUAGCUCUUCUUUUUGCGGAGGAGUGUGGAUGGGUAGUGGAAAUAUUAGAUGCAGACCUAGAGCGCGUUCGAUCCAUCUACAAUGACGCCGGAGUGCCAAACUACUAUUUGGGUCUCACCGACGGAUUCGGACUUGAUUCCCGAGUAGUAAUUAAGCACGGUGCGUCGGAGCUGCUGAAUCAGCCACUCCGUCUGGUAUACCAAAAGUGGGAGCGUACCAGUUACGAGCUGGAGAAGCUGCAAGCCAACCCGGAGUGCGCUGAGGCCGAGUAUAACAGCCUUAAAUAUCGCCAAGCGCCGCAGUACAGGGGUCCCUUGAACCUGCAGGCCGAGCUAUCUCUCAAGCGAUCCUGCGCCCCAGUACGAGUGGCUGUGCUUCGAGAGGAGGGCGUCAACAGUGAGCGUGAGAUGAUGGCCUGCCUGCUAAAGGCAAACUUCGAGGUGCACGAUGUCACCAUGUCGGAUUUAUUGCAAGGAACCGCGAGCGUGUCCCAAUACAGAGGACUGAUCUUCCCGGGUGGCUUCAGCUAUGCGGACACUCUAGGAUCGGCCAAGGGCUGGGCAGCCAACAUUCUCCACAACCCCAUCCUUUUACCACAGUUUCAGGCCUUCAAGCGCAGUGAAGAUGUUUUCUCGUUGGGCAUUUGCAAUGGUUGCCAACUGAUGACUCUUAUUGGAUUUGUGGGAUGUCCAGGCAGCGAGGUUGGUGUAGAUCCCGAUGUGGCCCUACUCCACAACCGAUCAGAGCGAUUCGAGUGCCGCUGGGCAACAGUGAGAGUUCCAUCCAAUCGCUCUGUCAUGCUCGGAAGCAUGAAAGAUCAAAUUCUAGGCUGUUGGGUGGCUCACGGAGAAGGUCGCUUUGCAUUCCGAGAGGAGAAGCUCAUAAGCGUACUGCAGUCGGCUGAGCUCGUGACACUGCAAUAUGUUGAUGAUACAGGCGAGCCCACUGAACUCUAUCCACUUAAUCCAAACGGCAGCCCUAGGGGAAUUGCUGGACUUUGCUCGACUGAUGGACGUCAUUUGGCCUUAAUGCCACACCCAGAGCGUUGCUCGGCUAUGAACCAGUGGCCAUAUGUUCCACCUUCUUUCGAGGUUUCCCCUAAACAGGCUGAGAGUCCUUGGCAGAUUAUGUUUAACAACGCAUACAAUUGGUGUGUUAAUUCGGAUUCAUAAAAAUCCUACCGGUAAAAUAAACAUACAUUCUACAGAAGACGAAUUUGUCUACUAUUUUAAUACAAAAUACCUUUAACACCUGUAAAAUUUUUACUCCCAAUAAACGUACAUAAAAACAUA